UCCAUGGAUCACAAAUUGAGAGUCAGCGUGUUGAAGUCGGAGAAUGGAAAAAUGGGGAUCGCGAUAUGUGAUGGUUUCGUUCUUGUAGUUUCGGCCGGCGUCAGUGAUCUUCCUCUUCCUCACCUUCCUCUGUGAAAAAGGCUUUUGAAGGGCUCCUUCCUUUGCUACAACGAAAUACGGAAACAGCUAUGGCGUAUGCACAACAACAAUAAUUAAUGAGUUAGAUACUUAAUCGGUGAUGGACGCUAUUCAUUCUAUCUCGCUGAUCCACAAUCUUCACUGCUAGAUCUCGAAACCCCCUGAUUCGGUUCCGCCGCUGAUCGCCAUCGCUGAAAGGACGAGACUUCAGUGAUUGUCGGUGGUCAUAAUGCAGCACGCUCCAGCAACGAUUGAGGAGCAAUUGAUUCUCAAGGCAAUAAAGGAAGAGAGCCCAUGGGAAAAUCUUCCCAAACGGCUUCAGGCUACUCUUACUUCGAAAGAGGAAUGGCAUAGAAGGAUAGUAGAGCAUUGCAUCAAGAAACGACUCCAAUGGAAUGCCUCUUUUGCUCGGAAAGUAUUCAAAGAAGGUGAAUAUUAUGAAGAGAUGAUGCGUUACUUGCGAAGGAAUCUGGCGCUCUUUCCCUAUCACCUUGCAGAUUAUGUUUGUCGAGUGAUGAGGAUAUCACCCUUCAGAUAUUACUGUAAUAUGAUCUUCGAGGUUAUGAAGACAGAACAACCAUAUGACAGCAUCCCAAACUUCAGUGCUGCAGAUGCAUUGCGACUUACAGGAAUUGGGAGAAAUGAGUUCAUUGAUAUUAUGAACAAAUGCAGAUCCAAGAAAAUCAUGUGGAAGCUUAACAAAUCAAUUGCAAAAGAACUUUUACCUGCACAGCCUGCAGACUUUGCAAUUGAACCAUGGUGGGGUGUUUGUCUUGUCAACUUCACACUGGAAGAGUUUAAGAAACUCUCUGAAGAAGAGACUGCAACCAUAGACAAGAUCUGCAAGGAGGAAGCUAAUGCAUAUAUCCUGUUUGAUCCUGAGAUCAUAAAGGGCAUGUAUCAGAGGGGGUUGAUCUACUUUGAUGUGCCUGUAUAUCCAGAUGACCGUUUUAAAGUUUCCAGGCUUGAAGGCUUUGUUUCCAACAGAGAGCAGUCCUAUGAAGAUCCCAUUGAAGAGUUAUUGUAUGCAGUAUUCGUUGUUUCAAGUGAGAAUGCUACUGUUUCUGAACUGGCAGCCACAUUACAGGCUGAUCUUUCUAAGCUACAAGCUGCUGCGUCUUUUGCUUGUCGAUUGGGAUGGGCACAGAAAUUGAUUGAUCCAGGAUCCCUUCUUCAAGAUGCUAACAUGCCUGUCUCUCCAAGAGCCAGUGUCACUGAUGAAGACGAUGCUGCUCGUGCUAGUAUAAGCUCAACGAGGUCAACUGAUGGUGAUGGUCUGCAAGACCCUCUGGCAUCUGAACACCUUGGGCACCGUGUGAGCCACACUCGGGUUGCAUUUAUCGUCGAUGCCAAUAUAACUUCCUACCUUAUGAUGGGAUCAGUUUCCCCUGGUUUGAAAUCUCAUGCUGUCACAUUAUAUGAAGCUGGCAAGUUGGGUCAUACUAGCAUUGCAGAUCUUUGCAAAGAUCUCAGCUCAUUAGAGGGAGCCAAAUUUGAGGGUGAAUUACAGGAAUUUGCAAAUCAUGCCUUUAGUCUCCGGUGUGUUCUAGAAUGUCUGCUCUCAGGUGGGCUUGCUGCUGAUGCAGAAGCAGAUGAAGUUUGCAAUAAGCUCAGCACAGGGGCUUCAAACAGUGAUGAGUCCACUUUGAUUGCUGAUAUAACUUCCACUGACAACAGAUCAGGAACCUCUGGUCUUGAUGAAGCUGAAGCAGGAGUGCGCGAUUCGACAAAUUCAGAAGUUCCCCCAGAUGGCAGCGAGGUGAUGUCAUCUGCUUCUCUAUCUGACGAGGGGCUAAAUUCUGAGAAAAAUGAUGACAAGGUUACUACUCCAGCUGAAGGUUCUGAUAUUGGAAAAAGCUCAAGAAGGAAAAGGAGGUACCGUGUUGAUAUUCUGCGUUGUGAAAGUUUGGCUGCUUUAGCACCAGCAACGCUAGACAGGUUAUUCCGUCGUGACUAUGAUAUUGUUGUAUCUAUAGUUCCUCUCCCACAUUCAGCAGUUCUUCCUGGACCAAAAGGUCCUCUCCAUUUUGGCCCUCCUACUCAUUCGUCAUUGACACCAUGGAUGAAAUUGGUGCUAUAUUCAACUGUAGGUUGUGGGCCCCUAUCAGUUGUUCUAAUGAAAGGACAAUGCUUAAGGUUGCUUCCUGCUCCAUUGGCUGGGUGUGAGAAGGCUCUAAUAUGGUCUUGGGAUGGUUCAACAGUUGGUGGGUUGGGAGGAAAAUUCGAAGGAAAUUUGGUAAAGGGAAGUGUCCUCUUGCAUUGCUUAAACUCUCUGCUGAAGUACUCUGCUGUUCUUGUGCAACCACUCAGCAAAUCUGAUCUUGAUAAAUCUGGAAGAGUCAUUACAAUGGAUGUGCCUCUGCCCCUGAAAAAUGCUGAUGGUUCAAUUGCUUGUGUGGGGAACGAAUCGGGUCUCUGUGAACAAGAGAGGUCAAGAUUGAACUCCCUAUUGACUAGUGUGACAAAAAAAUUGGAAUUGCCAACGAUCGGUUAUAUUCGCCUCUUAAAGCUUUUUAAUGAAAGGGAAACAGACCUCUUUGCUCCUGAUGACCAGAAAUAUGACUGGGUUCCUCUGAGUGUGGAGUUUGGGAUGCCUCUUUUUAGUCCCAAACUAUGCAACAACAUAUGCAAAAGGGUGGUUGCAUCAGGGAUACUGCAGUCUGAUUCACUUACCGAACAUCAUGACACGAUGCAAGGCUUAAGGAAAAGGUUGAGAGAUGUGUGUGCAGAAUACCAUGCAACUGGUCCUGCUGCCAAGCUCCUUUACCAGAAAGAGCAACAAGCAAAGGAUUCGUCUAGGCAGCUCUUGAUGAACUAUGCUAGUGGAAGGUGGAAUCCCCUUGUUGAUCCUUCUUCUCCUAUAUCAGGAGCCUCAAGUGAUCUUCAGAGGCUUAAACUUGCUAAUCGUCAGCGUUGCAAGACUGAAGUGCUGAGUUUUGAUGGGAGCAUUUUAAGAUCAUAUGCACUGACUCCUGUGUACGAGGCCUCUGCUAAAGCGAUUGAAGAAGCCUCUCUCGUCAAUACGAUUAAAAUUGAUCCAAAUGAAGCAGAUAGUAGAGAAGUAGCUCUCCCUGGUGUCAAUCUUAUUUUUGAUGGCUGUGAAUUGCACCCUUUCGAGAUAGGUGCUUGCCUGCAGGCUCGCCAACCGGUCGCCUUGAUUGCGGAGGCUGCAAUUGUCUCAGCUUCUGCAAUCAAAUAGUUUUCUUGUGUGCAACAAAGUUCUCUUGGUGGGGGCGGCAAAAAGACAGAUUAUCUUCCGGCUAACGUUCUUCUGAUUAUUUUUGGCUUGCUGCUAUUAACUUGAGGUUACUUGUGCGGGUGCAGGUCUUGAUCCAUUUCCGAGGUAUAUGGUUUUGUUGACCUCUGGCACCUGUGAGACUGAUAAUGGCACUUAUUGAAGAAUGGUCUAAUUUUCAUCCAAAGCUUGGCAGACCACUGCUAAGUGACAAGCGAGGAUAUGGCAUUUGAGUGAACAAAGGUACGAGAAAGAACGCUACCUGCCAUAAAAAAGGUCAUUUUGUGUUACUCCGUAAGGGGAGCUAAUUGCUAUCUUCUGAGGACGAAUCGCUGCAAAUUUUGCGAUACAGAGUGUAUAAAUACGAGAGGAAUGUAGGAGAAGCUGCAUAUAAGUUUUGAAUUGUCGUUUUUGAUUCGGGAUAAGUACAUGUUUGAGCUAUACCAGAACAUAUGGGACAACCCAGUUCUCCAGGUACAGAAUGCUUUGACAGUUAAUGUGAUACCAAUUUCUCCCAUAUUUUGUUCCUAGUUUAGCGGGAGGGGUUUUGGUCAAGCGAAACCCAGUUUUCCCUCCUGCUGAUGUUCUUUGCCUGGAUGUUGCAAUCAGGAUGAAGCCAAUUUGUACUUGGCUCUCCUCUAACUCCUGACAAAACUGACUAUUUCCUACACAAUAUAAAUGUAUUUCUUCUUU